AUGCCAGUCGGCUGUCGGCCGCACGGUCGCAGACCGACUAGCGCACAGCACACACUAAAAUGCAAGCACCGCCCAGUUUCAGCCAAGGCCUCCUCGUGCACUCACUUCAAGUGCGGAUCUCAUUGGAACCUCGAGGCCGAUCGAUCGUCUAUUCAUUGUGUCAUCAUCCGGCAGAGGUAUGAGAUACUUCCGCCUGUGGUCAAGCGCGGCCAUCGUCUGCUCAUGCAUGCCAUCGAAAUGUUUCGUCCAUUGCGCUCUCAGCACCUCGAAGUAGGAACAGCGAGAAACUUUCCUAUGUACAUAAUAACAAUGCCCUUUCAGGGAGUGGCAAAGAGCUGUAAUGGAACUCAGCAACCCGUAGUCAAUAAAAUAAAUGCUUGGGAACGUAGUCGCUCAAAAAAGGAGUCGCCGAAAGAAGAAAUAUUCGAGGAGCAGCCUUCGCUGGACUCUAAAGCUUGUUCAGGAGCGCAAACACGCCGUAAUAAUGGAAGAAAAGCUGUCCAAGAUGUGUCAAAUCACAAAAUCACCGAGUUCUUCCCUGUUCGUAGAAGUUCUCGAAAAACUGGAAAACAGCUCGAGGAAGAAGAGAAGUUUGCUCUACGUGAUGCAAUUCAUAACUUCACCAAUGAAGCAUUACUCGAAGUGUACAUAGAUGAGAAAAAGGGACGGGGCAUCCGGGCUGCCAAGUCAUUCGUCAAAAACGAAUUUGUUGUGGAGUAUAAAGGAGACAUGAUGGAUUACAAUUCAGCAAAGACUCGGGAAGAAGAGUAUGCAAAAGACCCCUCAAUCGGUUCUUAUAUGUAUUUCUUCAAAUAUAAAAGUAAGAGAUGGUGUGUUGAUGCUACGAAAGAGUCAGAGUUCAAAGGUCGGCUGAUUAACCACAGUGCACUUCGUCCUAAUCUGCGUACGAAGGUUGUGGAAUUCGAUGGUGAACUCCAUCUUAUCCUUGUUGCAAAGCGCGAUAUCGACGAGGCAGAAGAACUUUUGUACGACUACGGGGAUCGAACUCCAGAAACUGUUGCUCGUAAUCCUUGGCUUGUGAACUCAUAG